GGGACUUUCCUCUGAAACAGCUGCCUUGCUGAAACUCUCACCCUGAUUUCUCUCUCUCAGCCCAUUUUCAUCUUUCCUGUGAACCCUUCUCUGGCCCUAGCACUGGGGUUACCAGAUGACACUGCAGCCACCCCCACAUGCCUUGUGCCUGUUCCUACAGUUAAGUGUGGCCCCAGAGCCAACCCACAAGCAGGAUGCAGCUGGGAAGAACGCAUGGAGGUGUCCCGCAGCUCUUCCCAUGAGGUUUCUACUCCUCAAAAGGAAGAAGACCAUCUACAAAACAGUUUGUCUCUCCUUCUUGCUGAUCAUUACAGUGACGGUGCUGCAGCGCGGAAUGGCCCCCAACCAGUUCAUGCAGGGCCAGCAGCAAAAAGAACUCCCCCCUUCAGAGCCCUUGAAAUCGCAGAAGAGAGACAAUGCCUUCUCCAUCAGCAGCACUUUCUGGAAGACCAAGAAGGAGAAAGCUCCUGUGAAGGAGGAGAGCGUGAUGGUAAAGCAAACAAAAUCCUGGGAUGUCACCACUACCAACUGCUCAGCCAACCAGAACUUCAGCAAGGUGGAUUGGUUCAAAGGGCUGGAGCCCAACUUCCAGCAGUUCCUGCUCUAUCGGCACUGCCGCUACUUCCCCAUGCUGAUCAACCACCCGGAGAAGUGUAGCGGGGAUGUCUACCUGCUCAUCGUGGUCAAGUCCAUCAUCACGCAGCAUGACCGCCGUGAGGCCAUCCGGAGGACCUGGGGCCAGGAGAAGGAGGUGGAGGGCAAGAGGAUCAGGACGCUGUUCUUGCUGGGCACGGCCUCCAAGGAGGAGGAGAGAGCCAACUACCAGAAACUGCUGGAUUAUGAGAACCACAUCUAUGAGGACAUCCUGCAGUGGGAUUUCCUGGACAGCUUCUUCAACCUCACUCUCAAAGAGGUCCAUUUCCUGAAGUGGCUCGACAUCUACUGUGACAAUGUUCGCUUCAUCUUCAAAGGUGACGAUGAUGUGUUUGUGAGUCCCAGCAACAUCCUGGAGUUCCUGGAGGAUAAGAAGGAGGGAGAAGACCUCUUUGUGGGGGAUGUCCUCUACAAGGCCAGGCCGAUUCGUAAGAAGGAGAACAAGUACUACAUCCCCAGUGCCCUCUACAACAAAAACAUCUACCCACCCUAUGCAGGGGGUGGGGGCUUCAUCAUGGAUGGAGCCCUGGCCAAGAGGCUGCAUAAGACCUCAGAGACACUGGAGCUGUACCCCAUUGACGACGUCUUCCUAGGGAUGUGUUUGGAGGUCCUUAAAGUAUCACCUGUUGGGCAUGAGGGCUUCAAAACUUUUGGCAUUGUGAAAAACAAGAACAGCAAGAUGAACAAGGAGCCAUGUUUUUACCGAAGUAUGUUGGUGGUUCAUAAACUGCUGCCUCCAGAAUUGCUCCAAAUGUGGGACUUGGUCCACAGUAAUUUGACAUGCUCAAGAAAACUCAAUGUCCUUUAGUUCAGUCUCUCUGGAGAGCUAGGCCUGCAGGAGCUGGGACAACUGAUCCCUGCUCUGGGGUGGGGUGAGCCUCUGCUGGUGGCACAUGAAUCCUUCAGGGGCACUGCCCUCCGGGGCAAGGAGGGCAGAGAUGCUGUGCUCGCGGGCAGGGUUUGUGAUAGUGUUUGUUCCUGUACUGUAUUGUGGUUCACUUAUCUCCAGCUGGGUUGGGGGUUGCUGAAAAAGAGAAAAAACCCAACAGAACAUGACAAGUCUAGCAUAAAAUGGAGCGAGGGCAAAGAGGUUUGUGCUCUGCUUUAGGUACCUCCUCCACAGCAGCAUGAGUGGAGCAGUGGAGGGAGGCAGGAAGGGAUGUGGCACUGGCAUUUUUUGGAGGUGUUCAGGGUCUGGCUAUCCAGGGAAGCUGCUCCAAGGGAGUUCGGCCAAUUUUAAGUGCAUCGGCCCCUUCUGACUAAAAAAUCAUGGGAUUUUAUUUGUUAUCUCAAAUUUCUUCUCCAUGUAAGGUUUUGGUAACAUUGACCCUGUGUGCAUUGGGUUCACCCCCACCAAAGUCCUCUGUGUCCCCAUAUGUAGCUGGGGAAAGAGCUCUUCUCUGAGGCUGGCCCUCAACAGCCCUGAGUCCCCAUUAAGGUUUCAGCCUGGCAGUCGGGGGACUGGAGUCCUUGUCCCUGUCAGAGGGUCCCAGGCAACGGUGGCUCCCAGCACCAGCCUGGGCUGUGCUUGGUUCUCCAGCCCCUCUGUAGCCUUACUGCACAUAAGAGGAAUGCACCCAGCUGAAAUUCCUCAGGGAUUUGUUCCUCCUGGCAGGAAAGAGACUAGGCCAGCUGCCCUUGCCUGCAGCAAAGGAAGCGGUGGAGAAAACUGGUGGCCCCGUUGGAGUGCCCCAGGGAUUUGUCACUUCUGGGACCCUACCUCCUGGGCAUCCCAGGGGAGACCCUCUGCUUGCUGCACAGCUGCGCUCACGGCUUUGCCUUGCAGGGACAACAGCCCCAAAGGCCCUGUGUGUGGCUGCUUCAGGUUCAGCCCUGGUUUGUCUGCAGCUGUGAUGCUCCAGGGUAGGUUUGGAAACAUUGGUCCUGCUCCAGCAUGAGAAGCAGGGUCCAAGGGGACAAAGUGAAGGAAGGCUGGUGUUUCACACAUGUGCUCCUCUCAGGGUUGUUGCAGUGUUUAUUCUACAGGCUGAGAUGAAGGAGUGUGACAGGGAAUGGUGUCAUGAAACAUGGCCUUUUUUCUUUGAGCUGAAAGGGCCACAAGCUCUCAAGGGGAGCCCUGGGCUGGCUGCUGUGAUGGAAACCCCCCAACAGAGAGACACGUGGCCAUGCAAUGACCACAGAUGCUCUGCAGCCACUGACUGCAGGCAUGAGCAAAGCCACAGGAAUGUGCAAAGUCACACAUGUUCACACACGUGAUCCCAGGCACAGGCUCUGCACACAAAGAUGUCCCUGUGUGUAGGGCUGGCAUGCCCAGAUGUCCCUGCAGGGGGUGGACACACACAGCCACAUCCAUGGCCCUGACCAUACAGCGAAACACGGGCACAUAUGCCCUUACUCCCUUCUCCCUCUCUGGUGCCAGACAUUGAAAGGAAAAAAAUUUUACUACCUCAAAGGUUCCCCUGUGCAGUGCCUUUUUUUUUCCUUUCUUUUUCUUAAUGCAUUUUGGAAACGGGCCUGUUUCAUUUACUCCAAGUACAUUCCCCAGGUUAGAAAAUAAAUUUUAAAAGGGCAUAAACCUGUCUAAAAGGGCACCCACAUGCCAAGCCACACCACUCAACAUGACCCUGCUCAGAUGAGACGCAGAUUUGAAGAGGAGGAAGAGCCAGUGCUGCCCAGGACUCAGCUGGUGGUGAUACUGUGAAAUUGGAUGUACAAUGCACCAGGUCCCUGGAGCAACAGGGCAGAGUCCUGAGGGCAUUUUUGGUACCCACUGGGCUUCGGCAGCACACAACUCUUUCCUUUUCCCUCCCCUCCCUCCUUCCAACAGGAGUGAGUUCAGAAACACUUUCCAAAUUGAUACCUCCAUAAUUUAUGUCAGGUACAGUACUUUGGGCUGUACAUUUAUCCUGGAUGCAGGGUCAGCUCUUGUUCUCCGUAGCGAUGUGUACGGUGAGCUGGGGCUGUGUGCAGACAUCUCUCAGUGUUGUUCUUCACCUGGUGGGACCUGUACAGAGAAACCUUGUAGAUUUUGGUGAAUAUUCUAGUUUCUAAAUAAAGGUUAAAAGAAAAAGAAAACAAUCCUACAAGCCUUCA